CAUAAAAUGGCUACAAUGUAACAUCUUUGCCUUUUGAUGUCUCUUGCUGCUGCUCCGGGAGAAUUUGGGAUCUAAAGCCAGAACAAAAGCCCCUCCCCUGCAAGAUCUGCCAGAGAAAUGCAUCACCAGGAGAAGAGCCCCUCGCCAGUGCCCGGCAUUGCCCGUUCCGCCACGGCACUCGCUUACCACGAGCACUACGCCUCGCCCGGCCCCGUCAAGAGCAAAGCCCUGAAGACUGAGAAAGACGCGGCAUUGCCCUCCUUCUCCUUGGGUGCAGGCUACAAUGACCUGGCUGUGUCGGGCAGCCAGAUGCACCCAACAGGAAGUGGAGGCAGCGGGGCUCAAGCUCAGGACCUGCGGCUCCCGAAGCGCAGACCCCUCCCAGGGAAGCACUACCCGUGCUCCAGCUACGGCUGCAAGCUGGCCUUCCACAGCAUGCAGGAGCUGAUGGAUCACAUGAGAGUCCACUACAGACCCACCCAGUCCCUGGAGGGUAAAAUAUUCCACUGCCCCACCCAGGGCUGCACGGACACUUUCCCCAGCAUGCAGGACCUGGUGGCUCACAUGAAGGUGCACUACAAGCCAAACCGCUACUUCAAGUGUGAGAACUGCCUGCUGCGCUUCCGGACCCACCGCUCCCUCUUCAAGCACCUGCACGUCUGCUCCGACAGCGCCAGCAGCCCGGCUCCGGCGCCGAAAGCCGAGAGGCCCACCCCACCUGCUACCUCCGGUCUGGAGAAGGACCCCCCGGCCAAGCCGCUGGAGGGGCUGCCCAAACUCCAGAGCGUCAUCCGGCACAUGGAGAAAGAAGCCAUCCUCCCCAGCAUGGACGCUGUCUCCACCGCCGUGCCAGCCUCACUCCCGACUAGUCUCCACGGCUCCCUGGAGUCCAUGCCCCUGGUCUCUCCGGCUUCCCACCCAUUCCCUCUGCUGGAGCCCUCGCUCUUCGGGCCGUCGUCCUUAACCCGGUUCUCGGGCCAGCCUCACUCCUCGGUGCCGGGGCCUUUCCUGUCCUACAUGCACCCCUCUCCCUACAGCCUACCUCAGGCUUCGGUUCAGCAUCGCCUCAGGCCGUACUUGCCCAGCCAAGGCCUCCCCGUCUCCAACGCUGUGUGGAAGAAAAGUCAAGGUGAGAACACAGGGUCAGCAGGUAAAUCUGUCGUCUUCAGCUGGGAAUCCCCCAGGCUACAGCAAACCUCCUUCCAGGCUCGCCCCAGACCGCUGCUGCGAGAACCCACAGGCGGGCGGGGAGGCACUUCCGGCCGAGGACGCUACCCACCAGCUGCCCUGUCCUCCCCUUGCCACCCUGAGAACCAGAGAGAUCCCACUUGCUCAAGCUCCCAGAUUCCCUCUGUCCCGGGCUCCAGGGGUGGGUUCCAGUGGCCAUUUCUCCGCCCCUCGUCCCAACAUCUCGCCCCCCACAGACAAGCUGCUCCAUGGGGAAACUUGAGAGCAAGGCCCACGUCUCUCUUAGAGGGCUCCCCGGACGUGGGGCGUGAGGCACAAUCCCAUUUGUCCUGCUCUGUUUGCCAAGGCCUGGGGGUGUAUUGGGAUGAAUCUUCCCCUGGCUCCACCAGCCUCCACGGAGAUACCACGCCAGCGGAGAAUUCGCCUCUCGUUCUGUAACCGAGGCCGUGACGCCUCCCUGGCCUGUUCCUCCCUCGCUCCCUCCCACCAGCCUGUGGCCACCGUGCUCGGCUGGUGAGCCCCGCUCCCUUUCCCAUCAUGGCCGUCGUCGGCCUGCGCUGGGGACCCCUUUGGCGCAGGAGCUGGUGGGAGGAGGCGCCCCGGCGACAGGCUAUUGUGACUGUUGCCCAGCUAACGCCCUGGCAAACCUGCGGAUGGUGUGGGCACCGGGACGUGUUCCUGGCUCUCAUUUGCUCCAGUGUGAAAGUCACUCCCUGUGCUUUUUAAA